AUGCGUCUCUAUUUUUCUCUCUUUUUUCUUAUACUUGUUAUAUCGAAUACUGGAGAUGCCAGUAAGGCCGAAAACAGACUUUAUAGGUUCAUUAGAAAAAUUCAUACUUGGUUCCAAAGAAGCUUUCAGAGAUAUUCUAAACUCUUAUGUCAAGUUGGUUCGUCCCGUUAGAAAUCCGAAAGAUGCUCUCCGGGUCAGCAUGAAAGUCUUUCUUCAACAAAUUCUCAGUCUAGUGAGAUAGAUUAAAGUUCUUAGUAAAGUUUUUGAUGACUGUUGCAGGAUGGCAAAAACCAGAUAAUGGAAGUUAACGCAUGGCUCAAAUAUGUGAGUUUACCUUUUGUAUUAUAAAAAAGCUCCGAGGAAAGUGAAAACCAUUGCGGAAAAAUUUUGAAGCGAAAAAAUGUGUUUGACAAAAAAAUCGUUAUCGAAACAAUUUUAUCUAUCGUUUUGAUCAACAAUUGAAUUUUUUUGAGCUCGAAAAAGAGGCUCUGAGAUUUCCAGUCCCUAAAAUAUCAGUAGAAGUACUUUUUACGAAAAAUCAUAAUUUUUCUUAAUUUUAGGUUUGGAUAGAUUAUCGAUUAUCCUGGGACCCAAGAAAAUACGAUAAUAUAACCAGUAUCCGUUUUGCUGGAGGAGAAAAUCAAAUUUGGAGACCUGACGUUUUGCUGUAUAACAGGUUUUGUCUUCCCACAUUCUGCUGAUUUCAGUAAUCCCUUCAGUGCCAACGAAGAUUUCGAUUCAACUUUCAAGUCGAAUGAAGUCGUUUACAACACAGGAGAAGUGAACUGGGUUCCUCCUGGUAUGAGAAAAAAGCUGAAAAAUAAAGUUCUGUUCAGGAAUUUUCAAAGCCAGCUGCAAAAUGGACAUCACUUAUUUUCCGUUUGAUGAUCAAAUUUGCUAUUUGAAGGUCACCUCUGAUUAUAAAUAAUGUAACAUAAAUCUUUUUUUUUAGUUCGGGUCCUGGACUUACCAUGGAAUGGCUCUCGAUCUUCAUAUUUUCACAGAAGACGAAGAUGAACGUGAAUAACCGAAAUUACUGUUUCAUGAAAAAUAUGAGAAUGUUGAUAUUCAGCGCGGACAAUGGAUUUAUCAACUUAUACUCCAAGCGGCGAAUGGAAUUUGAUAAAAGCUCCAGCCAUAAGAGAGUUGAAAUACACAACUUGCUGUCCUGAGCCUUAUUCAACUGUGACAUUUUACAUGUUUUUGAGGUCAUCUUAGUUCCUAUCCCCGGAUAAUUAUUUCUUUUUAGAAGACGUACACUUUUCUAUCUUUUUAACAUUGUUUUCCCUUCUCUACUGAUUUCAGUUAUGACUUUGAUGGGCUUUUGUCUGCCAGCCCACGACAUGAGCGAAAAAAUUGGAUAUCGUGGGUUUUUUAAUCUUUUUAUAUAUUAAUAUCUAGAACGAACUGCACGUAAGAUGUAUAAAAAUUUUGGUAUGCCAACAUGACUCUUUUCGCUUUUUUUGAAUUGAGCCGUUGAUCGUUUUGAAAUGAGCUUCAAUAGCGAGAUACAAAUAGUAAAAAUAAAUUUAAGAAACUACAAUCCUUUUUGUCAAUCUGCUUCUUCGUCACCAUUGUCAGCGAAAUGACUCCCCCAACAUCCGAAGCUGUGCCACUUUUUGGGUAUGUUAAGAAAAAUAAACAAAUUAAAUUAAUUAAAUUCCAGGCGUGUUUUUUUCAACUCUGACUUUGAUAAGUGCCGUUUCCACAGCCUUCUCUAUCACAGUCCUCAACUUUCGCUAUCGACAAGUACGAAACACGGCAAUGCACCCUCUGGUUGUCCUUUUUUCACUUUAUAUGCAAAUCUGAGUUGGUUUUAGUUCCACAAAGUGUUCCUGGUUUGGAUUCCAUGGUUGCUUUUGAUGAAAAGACCAGGAAUGAAAUACCGUAAAAGAGAUGCAACUUCAUUGGAACGGGACGAUGAAUCUUUCAUUGAAAACUGUGAAGAUGAUGUAAACAGCAGGUCUACUGGAGAAAAAAUGCAGACAUGUUUGAGUGCUGUCCGCCUUCUCGAGACUUCUACUUUCAGUCGAUCGACAGCGCUGACACUCUUCCUCUGCCUACAAGGCCUAGACCUCUGCUGAAGAAAAUGCACAGGUUCACAAGCUCUAAUUUCCGAAAAAGCAUGAAAAGUUCAGCGUCCCCGCAGAGCACCUCAACCUCGAUAGAAAGGUCGGCGACGGGAUACUGCGGAAGUCGAUGGAGAAAUCGUUUAAAAGAACGACUACUUUCCGUUUUCGGCGUAUGGCUCAAUUUGAGAAAUACAUCCGGAGGUGUAUUGUGGAAGCCAACCUCAAAAGUAGGCUUUUAUUGGAGUAAUUUGUAUUUGAGGAUUGGAAUCCGGAGUUACAUCAGAAAAAUGAUUUUUCAGAAACAACCGCUUACUGUGAUUACACAUUGAUGGUCAUCACUUACUAUCAACAAAUUGAUGCUAUGAUUAAGUAUCUCCAAAAAGGAUUCGAACGACAGCGUCAUGUUCAAAUCAAACAGGUGGGGUAGAAUCUGAACUAGAAAGAGGAUAUCCAGGUUUAGCCUCAUCAAGCUCAUUUUUUGUAGAAUUGCAUACCGGCAAGGUUGAGCUUAUUCUCUUUCAAUCUCUCUCAGGAUUUGAUAACUUAAACUUCAGGAUAUUAAGUCUGGGUAUUAGUAUAAUCCUUGAUAAUAUCAUGAUUUUUAAGUAAAAAAUCCCUCUGGGUUUUUAGAUUCAUAUUAAGACUCAUAGGACAUUCACUAUUCCCUUGGGCUUUGUGACAGAUAUAUUCGCAAUUGGGAAACAGCUUUUAGAAUGUUUUUACUUCCAAUUUUCAGUAGUGAAUUGAAUUUGAGCCAUUAAUCCUGACUGGCCAACCUAAAAUUUCAGGAAGAAUGGAAAUUCGCAGCAAUGGCGCUCGACCGACUCUGCCUCGUUCUGGUCAGCAUUUUCAUCAUCGCCUGCUUGGUCGGAUUUUCCUUGUCCACACCUCAUUUUGAUCCAUAAAUUUGUGAUAAAUUUCCUUUUUCUGUUUGCAUUUUCAAAUCGUUAUUUCAAGGCAAAAGCUGUGAAAAAGAAACAAAAACCAGGCAAAGUCAAAGGCGUCAUUGUUUGCACGAAUGUUAUAAAAAACGUUUAGUUGUGUUUCUUUUUAAAAAAAAGGUCAGUGAGCUGAAAAUGCGAUUUUUACAGCUUCUCAAAUAAAGUGCAGUGUGUGGUUUUCAAAACUUUGAGGAACGGAAGCGUUUUUGGCUUUUCGGCUGCGAGUUCUUGCCUCUUUCACCCAAGCGGUGCAAAAUUUUGUUUGUCUUUUGGGUUAGUAUUCGGCUUUCGUAUUUGCCAAUCGCGCACUGCGCCAGCCGCCCAUUACUAUUGCGCAACCGUUUUUUCUUUGUUCUGCUUUCCCGACAGUUAAUACUGUUAUUUUUUGUUUGGCUCAUCUUUUUCAUCUAGAAAUCUUUAUGAAAUUCGUUAAUGAGUCUCAGGAAGGUCUUACACUUAUGUAUACUGUUUCAGGAACUUUUCUUUAAGAAAAGUAUUUGUGGAAGUUCCUGAAAAAAUGAAAGUGCUUGUGAAAUCAGAUACCAAUGCGUCACCUUCCACUUGUGAUAAGUAGCAAAACCACUGUCAACAUAAAACCUCUCCAACCACGCAAUCUGUAGAGCAUUUAUCCACGAAUCAGUUCUCUUGUCCAUCAUUCUUGUUCCUCGGUAUCAUGUCUCACACGUCUCACGAGAAAGUUUACAGGUUUGUUUUUUUUUCUAGUCCCAAAAAGUAAUACUUAUAAAAUUCAUCAAAUUAAGUCAGAUAAAAAAUGGAUAUAUUUCGGGAGGCUCGAAAUUUUUUCUUGCGUAUUGCUCCUUUUGAAAAAUGUUUGAGUAUACUUACUUACUUAGAUACUUAGAUGGUCCAUCUUCGUUUUCGACCUUUUAUUGCCUUUUAGUGCCUUUUUAUUGAUCGAAGCGUGGACCACACGUUUUCCAGGAGAUCUUAUGCAAUCGGUCAUCCAGUGUUGUCGUCCUGGUUGACUGGUAUUCUUGCGAAAAAGUUCCAUCCGUGGUGUUGAACGUGUUAUAGCAUAAUUGUGGUCUUAUUAUCCUUUUUGCCUUGCCAGGGCUAAAAAAGACCGCCCAUUCUGUUAGCAGAAGCAAGCCGAAUUGCGUGACCGGUGUACCGUUAGCCGCCAUAAAUGGCGUUGCCUCCCCAUCACCGCGUAGAGGUGGUACUUGAAGGGGUUGAGUAUAUUCUGUCUAUUUAUGGGAAAAGAUUUUCUUUAUAAUAAAACAUUUUUUUCAAUCUGAACUGUUUCCGCUAUCCUCUACCAAUCCAGAAUGCGUAGUUCAAGAAAAAAAAAUUUGAAAAUUUCAAAUAAUAUUUUUCAUUAGCCGCAAAUACUAUGUGGGUGCACACGGAAUGGUGGAAAAAUGUAUUGCUUGAAGCUUGGCGUUCAUCUUACUACCCUACUUAAAGAAAAAACUUACUACCCUACUUAAAGAGACUUUUUCAACGCGCAACUCGUUUUCAGUCGGGCGCAUUUUAAAAUUCGCUUUGUUUUGCCUUACCAUUUAAAGCUCUGUACAGUUGUUGCUCGUUCAGUAUUCAGCAAAGUAAAAGUUUUAAUUUUUUGCUCAUGAUAACGAAACUUGCUCCAAGGAGCUCAAUCAAAUAUUUGAUUGAGUUUGAAUAUAUUUGAUAGAUUGGUGAGCUGGUGUUGAAUGACUCAUGUGAAAAAAUGGGUUUCCGAUAUUUUCUUUCUACGCACCAAUCCCUAUAACUUCAUUAUGAGGAUUAUCAAUCGGCAAGGCAAACCGUCUAUUUUUUGCCCACCAAAAACUGCGAUAACCGUUUGCGAACGCCGCUUUCACGUCGUUAAAAGUGAGGACCGCAAAGUGUGAGCUGAUCAGCAUUUACCUAGAGAUUAUUCCAGAAGUUGCGGCUUGCCGGAGCGUUUUGUUGUUUACUGACACGCGUAGGCGGUAGGUUAAUGCGAGACAGCCGCCGCCGCUCGUUUCUAUCACAGCGAAACGCUCUCCGCGCAUACACAACACGCGCCGGCGCCUCAGGGCCCGGCCUGUCUCGCUGUUUUCCGCCAUCAAUCGAAUAUCUGGUCAAGACGUCUCUCUCCAUGAUUUUAGUGUUGUUUUCUCGUUUUUUGCAUUUCUCUAACUGUAAACUUUCUAGCGAAAUUCUGUUUUUUGCUUUGGUAUAGCCUAAUUACAGCUUGCUGGAGUCGACAUUAAAUUAAGAUUUUCAGAAGAUUUGAUGAAAAGCAAAAAUGGGCCCAGCAUCUUUCAAAAAUGCCGUGAUUAAAAUGGAUCAAAAAUUUUUAACAAAGUUUUGAAAAAAAAAUCUUAAAAACCGGGAAAUCAUUAUCUGGCAAAAAUCACAGAAUUUUCACUUUUUGCAACGCCAGAUUUCAAAAAAACCGAGCGGAACAAUCUCCAAAUACGAUACCUCAAACUGCAAAGCGAAUUUUUGAGUAAAUGACAAAAUUUUUAGUCAAUAAAUUUCUUUUUGAACUUUAGGCCGUUUCUUUUUUUCUGGCAUUUUCCAAUCCCACAAAAACCUUUUCGAUUAUGUCAUGAACUUCUUAAUCAAAUUAUUUCGCAACAGGCCAAAAAGUUAUUUUGAAAAAAGCGAGACCGAAACUGUUCUCCAAAAAUAAAAUUAUAUUCUAGCAUCUGUAAAGUUGAGAAAAAAAUUAACGCUCAAAAUUUCACGGGGUUUGUUUGAGUGAAUCUAGGACUCAUUGUUUUUAGGUGUUUGAAAUCUGAUCAGUUCGAAAUAGGGCAGUGAACUUCUCAAACUUCAUUAAUUUUUAUUGUAAGCCUUUAACUUACUUCCUCGUUCAAGUACCAGUUCUUGACCUCAGACAGUGAAUUUUUUUUUCAAAGGGCGUGGUUGAGAUGAACGAUUUCGGCGCAGAUAACAAAAUUUCCAAUUUUUCGAACCAUUCGUUUUGUACGUUCCAGAAAUGUCCUCCUUACAGAUAAGCGUUUUGUACCGCUAACUUUCGAUAGGGCCAUUCAAAGACCGAUCGAAGGCGAUCGGAACCGCCGGCGUGACCUCGAAACUUCGGCCUUUUCGCCGUCCCUUUCCUUGUUUGUUCGGUUAUCCACGUACUUCUCGAAUAUUCCAAAUUUUUUCAAAGGCCACAUUCUAUUAGUGCAAACAAAUAUUGCCUUUUCUUCUGGCUUUCCAAGUGACAUCUGCGUCUUGCAGCAUCCUCCUUCGAUACAUGUUUCUUUAUUGAGAUUCUAGGCCACAUAAAACUAUGUCGGUUUCGUCCAGUUUUUAAUCUUUUUCAUGUAAAAAACUCUUUUUGACAAAUCAUCGAACUUACUGUAACUUUUUCGCUUCCUCAUUUGAGUAGAAAAGACUUGACAGAAUGGUUCCGCUUAAAUUCUUCUUUUGACUGGAACCAACCGAAAUCUUUGACCCAGUAAAAAAAGAAUGAUUGAUAAGACUUCUUUCUCCGGUUGAGAAAUAAUUGUAAACCUUUUACCAUUCCUUAUCACUCGGGAAAACACAACCUGGGCGUCAGAGUCGGGACGUCAGUCAACAUUUGUCCAGAAAAGUUAGAACCUUCUGGAGAAUUUUUUUUGGUUGAAAAUAGUCGUAUUUCUUUCAUUCCUUAGUUUACCCUUUUUCAAUUAAAUCAUAGCGAUUCUGAAAUAUUCAUCGUAGUCUUGAAAAAUUCGCCAAUUUGCACUAGCAUCUUGCAAGAGUAUAAAAAUUUAUGACACGAGGCGUAGUAUGAACAUCUGGUAUCGCUUCAUUUUUUCUCUUAUUUCGAAAGAGAAGACUAGUCAUGAAAAUUUUCUUGUUAGUAUGUGUUCGAGGGAAGUUCAAGCUGUAACAGUGUCUGAUAGCAGCUGCUCUGUUGCUGCAACUUCUGUCGCUGAGUAAUUGUUCAGUCUUUUCCUGGUUUACUGAUUGUUGAUCUCUUCUUUAACAUUCUCCGGUAUCUUCAAAGAAAAAAAAUCGAAAUUAAAGGAAAAUUAUUUUUGAAAAAAGGCUCCAACCUGAAAACGCUCUUAUUUUCAAAAACAUGUUUUUCGGGGUACCGCAACUUUUAAUCUGGUUGCUUUCAAAAAAUCCGAAAUGUCGCGGUCUGGUAGCAUAUUUGCAUAAAAAGCUCGUGGUGAGUCAUCCGUCCCGCCUGCCGUUUUUUUCCGACCGUCAAGGUUGCCCUGUUUUUUUGCGCUCUAGUACAACCGGAUUUUUUUUUUCAAAAUUUUGAACUUUUGACUUCGCGCCAUUUUGAAGUCGUCCUUGAACGAACAUUGCCUUUUUUUUUGAAGUUGAUUCGAACUUUUUUUGAAAGGGCUAUGCUUUGCUGUUUCUCGAAAAAAAUAGAGCCAUUAUUCUUGGCUUUUAUGUCAAAGGAGAUUUUUUCCUGCAUUUAAAAUUAACAGAACCAAAUGUUUGUAAACAAACCGUUCUCGAAAAAUAUUUUCGCUUCUCUUUUUAAUGCCGUGGAAUAAAAUUCGUCCAUAUUUCUGAAGGCGCCUAUUUAAUAGUUCCGAAAUGUGUGGAAAACUCAAACGAAGACAUUUCAGCAGCAAGAUGUCUGAACGCCGUAUCGACGUGAACCGCAGCAACUACUCGGUGAUUGACAACGAGUUCGGCAACAUGCGCGAUCGUUUCGAGCAGGAAAUGCACCGCGUCGAGGAGGAAAUGCGUCGUCUUCGCUCCGAGUUCGAAGGUAUUUUAUUUUAUAUAAAAAACGGGGUCAUUUUUUUCAAUAAUAAUAAUAAAAAUCUUUAUUGAAUAUAUUAAAACAUCGGAAAAAUAGAAUGAUAAAUAAUUAUACAACAAGAAUAAUAAUUUAGAUGGGUUUUAAGUUUCCUUACUGUAAUAAAUGGUGUUCAUUUCUAAGGUAAAGGUAUUGAGUAAUAGUAAAUGUUUCGACUGAGGUAAUGUGGAAGGGAUAAGUAUAUAUGCAAUGCAGGGAUAAGUAUAUAUGCAAUGCAGGGAUAAGUAUAUAUGCAACUGAUAAGGUUAAUAACAACAAUCUUUCUUGAAUAUAUUAAAACAUCGGAAAAAUAUAAUGAUAAAUAAUUAUACAACAAGAACAAUAAUUUAAGUUUCCUUACAGCAAGAAAUGGUAUGAAUUUCUGAGAUAAAGGUAUUAAGUAAUAGUAAAUGUUUCGACUGAGGUAAUGCGGAAGAGAUAGGUAUAUAUGCAAAUAUAAAUAAAUAUAUUUGUACACGUUUCAAACACGCUGAGAUCGAUGAGGUUAUUUUUUAACAUAUCGGAGCAAUAAGAGAAGGAUUCAGGAGAGACGCUCAAUAUCGAAAGAGAAAAUGGCAAAGUCCGAUUGGGAAAAGGAAAAGGAUUAUUUUUGAAGAUCACGAAGACCAGCAACUGAAGGGAUGUUGAAAAUGGAGAUUUCACAACCAAAACGGCCUUCUUUUCUGCGACACGGCAUGGAAGAGUCGAGCAUUCAGCAGGCAUUAUCUGGCAUUGCUUACGUCUUUUUCUGA